CAUCUUUGCACCUUUUGAUUAAGACAGUUGGAAAUUGAAUACAAAUGCUACUACCCUGGGCUUUUGCAGGAAUUCAAUUUCUUACGUCUCGAUGCGGUUUUGUGGUAGACGAUACCCGCCAACUUCACCUGUCUAUAUCAACUGUCGACCACUAAUGCGCCGACGCGACGGUAGUGUUCGCAUGCCGUUGUAUUCUUUAAUGUAUGUAACCGAGUAAAAGUAGGGGGUAAAUAAUGGAUUCGGAAAAGGAUAAGGUCGGCGAUGCUGUCGCAAUACCGGCAGCGCCGGCAGCUACCAAAGAGAUGACACCGUCGCAACCUCUAGAGCCGGUGCAGCCGCCUGCCCCUAAAGCACCAAGCCCGGCUCCAAGCACUACUAGUUCGACCGGCCGUCCGCCUUACAUGCCGCAAUUCUCAGCAGCAACGCAGAUGAUCCUCAAGAGAAUAAAUUCCAAGCCUGGAAGUCUGUCUUCAGCGCUCUCAUCUGCCUCCUCAACGUUCCCUAGGAAUAGCAUUAAGGAUUCCACUUUCGAGGAUACCAAGAGACGUCUUGUUAAAACUAUGAACACUUCUCUAACGAUGCCUAUGCCGACUAUUACUCCCAAGCACGCUUCCUCUUCUUCCACUACGAAGAAGCCAUCUGCAGGCACUACUAUGCGCAUGCCUAUGAACGACGCCUUUCAGCUUAGGACGCCGGCACUAGCCAAGUACGGGUCUACAACCAAGGAGGCAUCUCGGGGCCAAAAAGCACCAGCCCAAAAAUCUAAGGGGAAAUCGCAACGCGGAACUAAGCGCAAACGCGGUAAGGACGACCAUGACGAUGUAGAUACGUCCUCAAGCCUAAGCGAGCUAUCCGACGACGAAAGCCCUACCAGCACCAUUGCCGUCACUACUACUACCAAGGAGAAUCAAGCCAUGCCUACUAUGACGAAGUCUGGCCGCCAGGUGCAGAAGCCGACGCAGUACAACCCCUCGCAGCAGUCAGCCCGCGAUGCCGCCACCCAAAAGCGCAAGAACUACGGCAAGCGUACGGCAGAGCAGGCCCUGUGCAAAGUGUGUACUCGAGGACUGAGCGUCCCCGCUAACCAGAUCGUCUUCUGCGAUGGCUGCAACCUUUGCUGGCACCAGAUGUGCCACGAACCAUACAUCGACGACGAAUUCGUUAGCAACGAGUCGCGCUCCUGGUUCUGCGGUCGCUGCAUGGCCAAGCGCGAGAGACAUCUUGCCCGUAAGAAGAAUAUUGAUGGCUUUAAAGGAGCAAGCUGGUCCAACAAGACCAACGAACAGAAACGAACAUAUCUCUCUGGUGUACCUCACGCGCAGCUCGUCAACCUCAUCAUGUACAGCACGGAGCUGCAUCCAGACUUGCCUAUCUUCCCUCAGGAGACUAAACGCGGCGCUGCUCAAGUGGGGCGACCAUCUCAGGAGAGUCUACGGGUCAAAGCGGAGUCCAACAUUAACGUCGGCCCAACCCACUACUCUAGCAAAGUGUCGACACCUGACUCACAAUCCGUGAACGUAAAGACAAGCGUUAAUAAGGGUACUACUACCGCCGAGAACCAAGACCAAGCAGCCAGAGAGGAUUCCGCAGAUUCCGUGCCCCCUGCCUGGCCCAAAGUCGGACGUGGUUGUCUAGCGGGUUUAGAGAUUGACGAAGACGAUCUGCGCGACGACAACGAUUACGAAGCCUUCAGCGUUACGACCUACGACACUAAGGGUAAGAAGAUCACGGAGAACGGCAUGGCAGUCUGAGUUAGCAGCAACAACUCAGAUCCAAAGAUGAAGCAAAAGAGACGAUCGGACUUUUAUAGAGUUCAUCUCUAAACUCAACAGCAGUCCCACCUACGGACCAAUUAUGGGGAAUGUGUCUCGCUCGAGCAUAGGUAGGAAGCCACCGCGUUAUAAUUGUGUGUAUAUAGAUGGUCGAUGAUUGCGGUAGCACCAGGUAUACGAUUGCCCUUUGGAUCUGUCAGCCUUAAGAGAAGGCGGAUUCGGUCAAUGCUACCUAAGUAUUAUGUAUAAAGGUUAGCAUCCCUCAUUGCAGUGUCUAUAGUUAUAGCUACCCAACCAUAGCUAGUACAUACCGUGCCAGCUGAUUCAGUCUGGUUUAAUAACUUGAUAAUGAUGAUUCGUUCCUAAUCCAAAAGAUUUAUGUCUGGUGAAAGGGCAAGCUUUGGGUGCAUGGC